GCUGUUUACUCGAACGCUGCUGCCUGCGAGUCUGGGCUGGAGCUCAGGAGCUCUGAGCUGUGGCAGCUUGCAGCUUCUGUCCUCUGCCCGGUUUCUGAAGCCUGACAUUAGAAAGUAACCCAGGAGAAGAUCGACUCCCCGGACGCUGAUUUCCUGUGUCACCUUUUGCUGAGUGUCCCUGGGCUCUCGCGUUAAUUUUUGUCCCUCUGCAACAGCAGAAGAUAUGGCUAUCUCCAGGCUGUGGCGGAACUGCCUGCCCUUCGUGGGCAUCAUGAUCCUUGUGGCCGUGGUCCUGUCCCUCAUGUUCUACGCUCUCCUCUGGAAGGCUGGCAACCUCGCUGACCUACCUAACCUGAGAAUCGGCUUCUACAACUUCUGUCUGUGGAAGGAGGACAUUGGCUCCCUAGAGUGUUACAACUUUCCUGAGCUGGAGGUGCUGGGGGUUCCUCAGGUUGGCCUAGCCCUGGCCAGGCUUGGUGUAUAUGGAGCCCUGGUCUUCACAGUCUUCGUCCCUCUGCCUCUCCUCCUUGCCCAGUACAACAGAGAUAAAGGAGAGUGGCACCUAGCCAUGGGCUUCCUGGCGGCAUCCUCCGUUCUGUUGGCGGGUGGACUAAGCCUCUUCCUCUCCUUCGUGUGGAAGUGGCUCAGGCUCUCCUUCCUGGGGCCUGGCUUUCUAGCCCUGUGCCUAGCCCAGGCCUUACUCAUCAUCUUGCUUGUGGCCACAGUUAUGUUCCCGCCACAGGAUAAGAAGAAUGAGAACCAGUGGGAGACCUGUUAGUCCAGUCUUACAAAGACUUAUAGGAUUGCAAGGGUUCAGUUCUAACUGUGCUCCAAGAAGGUGCCAGAGAACCUGUGGCUGGGCGGGUCCUCUCAACCACCUUGUGUCACAGCUAAUGUUGACCUCAAGCUCAGGCGAUGGAAUCGGACUCCUGAGCAGAAGGGCUGUGGGGUCAAGGAACUCAGAGGCGGCUUGGAGGGCUGGGGUACCUGCAGUUUCUUAGGGUACCCUGUAGCUCAUUAGCACAGGCAUCCCUGUAUAAUCAACCAAUUCUCACAACAGGCCCAGGCAGGUGGGAGUCUGUCAGAGGCCAAAUUUCCAAGCUAUCUUGGUGAAGUGUCAAACUAGAACUCUGUGACAGUUAGGGCAACAAAUGAGACGGUUAGGGAAAAAAAAAAAAAAAACCUGAACCAGCAGUGGUGGCACAUGCCUUUAAUCCCAGCA